UUUACUUGAUUUUCCAGUUUACAAAUUUGGACAAGGUUGAGGGUCCGUCACUGUUUUGAAGUAGUUGCCACGAAGACAAGCCCCAUGGAGAAUAGCAGAUUGUUAGUCAACAUAGAUAGAAGUCUGCAGGAUUGUAGUGGAGCCAGAAUCUCCGGCUGUUGGUCCCUGAGGUCCGACUCCAGCGGGAGCAGCGACGAUUCUUUGGACCGGCUCUUUCCCCCCGCCAGUGCCCCUCGCAGGAAGAGCACCACAUCCCUGAGUAAAACUGAGCCACCCUUGCUUCGUACGGGCACACGCACCAUAUACACUGCCGGUCGACCUCCCUGGUACGACGAGCACGGAGCACAAUCCAAAGAGGCCUUCGUCAUUGGCUUAUGCGGGGGCAGCGCCUCAGGGAAAACCACCGUGGCCAACAAGAUCAUCGAGGCUCUGGAUGUGCCCUGGGUAGUGCUCCUGUCCAUGGAUUCCUUCUAUAAGGAUUUGUGUCCCGAAGAGCAAGCUUUAGCGGCAAGUAACGACUACAACUUUGAUCAUCCGGGGGCCUUUGACUUUGAGCUGCUGGUUGGCACUUUGCGCAAACUCAAACAGGGCAAAAGUGUGAAGAUCCCCGUGUACGACUUCACCACACACAGACGACAGAAAGACUGGAAGAAUGUCUACGGCGCAAGCGUGAUCAUAUUUGAAGGAAUUAUGGCGUUUGCAGACAAACAUCUUCUUCAGCUCCUGGAUAUGAAAAUCUUUGUGGACACGGACUCGGACAUCCGGCUGGUCCGCCGCCUUCGUAGGGACAUCACGGAGCGCAGGCGAGACAUGGAAGGUGUCAUCAAGCAGUACAACAAGUUCGUCAAACCGGCAUUUGAGCAAUACAUUGAGCCCACCAUGAGGUUGGCCGACAUUGUGGUCCCCAGAGGUGGUGGCAAUAUGGUGGCCAUCGAUCUGAUAGUCCAGCAUGUGCACAGCCAGCUGGAAGAGCGUGAGCUCAGUUCCAGGGCACUCCUAGCAUCCGCCCAGCAGACUCAGACAUUGCCGCAGAUGCUCAGUGUGUUGGAAAGCACCCCGCAGGUCAGAGGCCUCCAUACUAUCAUCAGGAAUAAAGAAACCAGUCGAGAUGAAUUCAUCUUCUACUCAAAGAGAUUAAUGCGUCUUCUUAUAGAACAUGCACUCACCUUUUUGCCAUCACAGCCAUGCAAGGUCCACACUCCACAGGGCCACGAGUACCAAGGCCACAGAUACGGCGGCAAAGGGAUCACCGGCGUGUCCAUCCUGCGGGCUGGAGAGACCAUGGAGCCCGCUCUGAGGGCCGUGUGCAAGGACGUGCGCAUCGGCAAGAUUCUCAUCCAGACCAACCUUGACUCGGGCGAACCGGAGCUUCAUUACCUGCGUCUGCCCAAAGACAUCAGCGAAGAUCACGUCAUUCUCAUGGACAGCACCGUGUCCACCGGGGCUGCUGCCAUGAUGGCUGUUCGAGUGCUUCUGGACCACGAAGUGCAAGAGGAGAAGAUUCUGCUGGUGUCGCUGCUGAUGGCUGAACUGGGUGUGCAUUCGGUGGCCUACGCCUUCCCCAAAGUGAAAAUCAUCACCACGGCUGUGGACAAGAGCCUGGACCACUCUUUGCACGUCAUUCCCGGCAUCGGGGACUUUGGGGAUCGUUACUUUGGCACAGAUGGAUUUGAGAAAUGCACUGAUGAGGACCAGGAACAGAGGCCACACUGAUGCGCCAAACAACUUUGUGGUGUGUUUUCACUGUCGUUAAAUGGUCUGAACUCUUGGCCCAAUGUUGAUUUUUAAUAGCAGGUGAGUUUGGGUCAACCUGUUCAACAUCUUCAGGAAUCUCAUGACUUUGAGACAGCAGCAAUCUUGUGACCGCAAGCAAUAAUAGUGUUAAUAUUAACGUUUUUUUCCCCCCAGGGAUUCAUUGUAACAACUUUCCACUCGUAUUUUUUUGUGUUAUGAUACUAAAAUGUUCAUACUCUGUUCAUACUCUGCUUAUUAAAGUUGAAACAUUGUCAAGGGCA